AUGAGCUCUGCGACUCUCAUCCAGCCAUUCGGAGGCGUUCAGCUGAUGCGCGACGGCAGGGUCUUCUGGGGCCAAAUGUUCGUGAUUAAGCUCGGCUGCCCCAUGUUCUUCCACGACUUCCCUUUCGACGUUCAAGUCUGCAAGAUCGAGAUGGCGAGCUAUUUCCACAGCACCCUCGACAUGUCCUUCGCUUGGUAUGGGGACGGGAUCUCAGCCUCUCCCAACAUCCAGAAACUCCUCGGGAAUUACGAGUUCGCUUUCGUCCAAGAGAACGUCACUUCCUGCAGUACUGCCGGCUACGUGUUGGGGAAAUACCCUUGCCUUCGCUCCAAGAUGACGUUCAAGCGCCGCUACCGCAACUAUCUGCUGGGCGUGUACAUUCCUUCUUCUCUCUUCGUGGUGGUGUCGUGGGCGUCGUUCUUCUGGCCAGCGGAGGCCAUCCCCGCCCGCACCGUGCUGCUCAUCACUGCCCUGCUGACCACCAUCUCUCUGUACGCCGGCGUCCAGCAGAUGACCCCGGCGGCCAACUACACGCGGGCCAUCGACACCUGGUUCUUCGCGUGCAUCAUGGCCGUGGCGAUGGCCUUAUUCCAGUACGCAAUUAUCCUCCAAAUUCGCAAUCGGCAGAAACUUGUCGCCAGCACCAGGAUUAAACCUAUGAAUUCCUCGGACUCGACGGACGCGAGAGACUAUUGGGUGGCCAUGGAGAGGAAGGUCGAGUUGGGCGCCAAGAUACUGUACGUGCUCGCCUUCCUCUUGUUCAACCUGGUGUACUGGGUGAGGUAUCUGGUGUGAAGAAGAGAGAACGUAUAGAAUAAUACAAAAUAUGUAGGCAGAUAACAAAGGGAGGGAAAGAAAACUUGUUUGUCUUUAUCUAACUAACACGUUUUGUCAAGUAACAGCCAGUGGCUGAAAAGAAAUCAAUUUCUUUUUUUUUCAUGUUCAAACACGCUUCACUUUACUC